AAGAAAAAAGAAAAAGCAGGAGCUGAGUUGGCAAUAUCCAGAGCUAAAAGCGUGAGGGGAAAUAUUAAAUAAAAUCCCGAACCAGGCCCGGGUUCGUGGCGCUGUGUGGCCAUGCCCGCUUGCUGAGAUGGUUGUCCGGAGUGGGCUGUAGAUUCCUGCGGCGGGACUGAAGAGGAUGGGCUCAGUGUCCCAGUGCCUGAGGAGAUGUCUCUGGGUCGGCUCCUUCGGCGCGCCUCCUCCAAGGCCUCCGAUCUCCUGACCUUAAACCCCGGGGCUGGGGGCUCAUCGUUGCGCUCGAGGCUGGACGGCGAGAUCAUCUUCUCAAAGAAUAAUGUUUGUGUGCACCCUGCGGAGCCCAUCCCGGGCCUGGCCGAGCACCACCCAGGCUACUUGUGCGUGCACGUGGAGAAAGACGAGUGCCAGGGCUCCACGCUGAUCCUGACUUGGGUACCGAAUUCCCGCAUCCAGAGGCAGGAUGAGGAGGCGCUGAGAUACAUCACCCCGGAGAGCUCCCCUGUACGCAGGAACGCCCGCCGCAGAGGCAGACGCACACGCUCACGUCCUCCAGCAGCAGCAGCUCCAGAGGAAGAGGAGGACGAGGAGAGGAACAUUACCAGCAGCGCCUCCGCCCAGAGCCUGGUUGGUGAGAGCAGCUUGGACCCCUCCUCUAACCAGCAGCAGCUGCUUUUAGCCGGGGAGGAGGGCGACGAGGGCUCCUGCGAGCUGUCGGACGAAGUGAGCCGGGACAGCACCAUGGGCUCAGACUCGGACACCUUCUCCUCCCCGUUCUGCCUGUCGCCCGUCAGCGAGGCUCUGUGCGAGAGCAGCGGCUCCGUCUUCCUGGACAGUGAAAGCAGGGAGCUGUGCGAGGAGUCCAUGAACCACUCGGUGAGCUCCACGUCCAGCCUGGACAGCCACGCCGCCUCUGAGGCCGGCUGUCAGUCGCAGGGCAUGCGCUGGGAGGAGCAACAGAAGCUGCUGGCUCUGGAGCAGCUGUGUGGAGUCUUCAGGGUGGACCUGGGUCACAUGAGGUCGCUGAGACUCUUCUUCAGUGAUGACGCGUGCACCAGUGGCCAGCUGGUGAUCGCCAGCAGGGAGAGCCAGUAUAAGAUCCUUCACUUCCAUCACGCCGGUCUGGACAAGCUGGCUGAGGUCUUCCAGCAGUGGAAGUGCUGCAGGGAAACCCAGCCCAAAGACCAGGUGUCCGACGAAAAGUCAUGCAUGCAGUUUUCCAUCCAGAGGUCCACCCUGCCGUCAGCCGAGACCCACCCGGAGGAGAGGCUUUACCGGCGGGUGGACGUCACCACCUGGUUGCGUCACCUCAACCACAGCGGGCAGGUGGAGGAGGAGUACAAGCUGCGCAAGGCCAUCUUCUUUGGCGGCAUCGACCCGUCCAUCCGAGGCGAGGUGUGGCCCUUCCUGCUGCACUACUACAGCUACGACUCCACCUCGCAGGAAAGGGAGGCCUGGAGGCUGCAGAAACGGGCUCACUAUCAUGACAUCCAGCAGAAAAGAUUGUCCAUGAGCCCGGAGGAGCACAGCGAGUUCUGGAGGAAGGUCCAGUUCACGGUGGAUAAGGACGUGGUCAGAACGGACCGCAGCAACCAUUUCUUCAGAGGGGAAAACAACCCAAACGUGGAGAUCAUGAGGCGGGUCCUGCUCAACUACGCCGUGUUCAAUCCCGACAUGGGCUACUGCCAGGGCAUGUCCGACCUGGUGGCCCCCCUGCUCACAGAGGUCCAGGACGAGAGCGACACGUUCUGGUGCUUCGUGGGCCUCAUGGAGAACACCAUCUUCAUCAGCUCCCCGCGAGACGAAGACAUGGAGCGGCAGCUGAUGUACCUGCGGGAGCUGCUGCGCCUCAUGCUGCCGCGCUUCCACCAGCACCUGACCCGGCUGGGAGAGGACGGCCUGCAGCUGCUCUUCUGCCACCGCUGGAUCCUGCUCUGCUUCAAGCGAGAGUUCCCCGACACCGACGCGCUGCGCAUGUGGGAGGCCUGCUGGGCGCACUACCAGACGGACUAUUUCCACCUUUUCCUGUGCGUGGCCAUCAUUGUCCUGUACGGUGAGGACGUGACGGAGCAGCAGCUCGCCACCGACCAAAUGCUGCUGCACUUCAGCAAUCUCUCCAUGCACAUGAACGGAGAGCUGGUGCUACGCAAGGCCCGCAGCCUCCUCUACCAGUUCCGCCUUCUUCCCAGGAUCCCCUGCAGCCUGCACGACCUUUGCAAGCUGUGCGGCCCGGGGAUGUGGGACAGCCGCUACAUCCCCACCGUGGAGUGUUCGGGGGAGCACCCAGAUUCGCAGAGCUGCCCCUAUGGAGGCACCUCCACCCCGCAGCCCUCCUCGCCCUCGCCGUCGUCCUCUCCGAACCACACCCCCACGCCCCCGCUGGACGGCAAGAGAGGCGCCAAGAGACGGGACAUUUUCACCUUCCGGAAGCAGUCCUGAGGGAGUUAGCUUCUGUGAUUGCUUUAUUAUUAGUUACACAAUCUAAUAUAGGAUUUUUUUUCUCCUUCUUUUUUUUUUUUUUUUUUUGUACUUGAACCUUUCAAUCGGUGCAAUGUUGAACACUGCCUUACCAGGGUGUCGCUGCUGACGUUCAGCGUCGCAUGAAUGUGCAGCGAGGGCGGCUUCAAAGUCAGACGGAUCGGAGGUCGGGAGGCCGCUUUCUCCCAGGAGCAGAACAGACAAUCACCAGGCGCCGUGCUGGUCUGGAGCUACUUCAGGUUUAAGUCUGCUGCUGGUUUGGCAUUCUUCCACCGGAUUUGUCACCGCAGGGUCGCAGGCAACGGGGCCCUCAGACUCCGAGGGGUCAAAAAGCGAAACUGGGGAGUCAUUCACAGAACUUGAACUUGGACUUUUGAAAAUGUUCUUGGGUUCUCACAAUGGAGUAAUUGUGUGAAUGUCAAAUAUUAUGUGCAUAUUUAAAGUCUGAGAGUCUUUCCGACAUGAAAAUCCAAACCCUUUGUGUUAAAGAAGUAGUGUGGAGAACAUUUUCUUUUGGUUUCCCCCCCCCAAAAAAAUUAAUGUUUUUGUUAUAAAUAUUUAGCAAUAUUAUCUUUGCAUGAGCAAUUCUUUACAUAUAGAGGUCACAACAUAUUUGUUGUGGGGGAAAGAAAUCCCAAACAGAGAGGUGAGUGUGUUUAUGUGACAAACACUAGCAUCGUGACAGGGCUCCUCUUCUUACUGUCGUGUAAGUUCUCUUUCUUGGGCCGAAAGAGCGUUAACAUUUUGCACAUUAGCAUCCUUAUUGUAAUGUUCUGCGUUUAUUUAGUAGCAAUUUCACCAAAGACACAGUGCUUUACAGAAGAAUUCCUACUUUUUCUGUUUUUUAUCAGGUUGCGACAACAAACUUAAGGGUUUUGUAUUAUGUGAGUUAUCAAAGUGGUGCAUAAUUGUGUAGAGGAGAAAGGAAAAAUAAUACAUGGUUUUGGUUUUGGAGAGCCAGCAGGUUGCAUUUACAGCUGCUAGUCUUUUUUAGGUAUGUCUCUUUUUUUUUUUUAACCCAUUCGUCUUUGCAAAAAUAACUCAAACUCAGUGAGAUUGGAUUUUAAAUUAUUGUGAACGUCAGUUUUGAAAUCUCGGCCCAUAUUCUCCAUUGAAUUUAGGUCUGAAGGCUUUCUAACGUGCAUAAUCCUUAAAGCGUUUCAUUGUUGCUCUGGCUGUAUGUUCAGUUGCCGUCUUGCUGGAAGGUGAACCUCCACUGCAGUCUCUACUCUUUUACAGGUUUCCUUCCAGGACGGCCCUGUAUUUAGCUCCCUGCUCUGACUAGCCUCCCUGUCCCUAAUAAAGAUGAGCUCAUUGGACCACUGCACCUUUUUCUACAUGUUAUGCUGUGGCCCUCUACAUACUCUACCAGCAUACUACAAACUAAACCGCGAACAGAGCUUUUCAUGGCUUUUCGUUCAACAUGGCUUUCUUCUUCCCGCUCUUCCCUAGAGGCCAGAUUUGUUGAGUGCAGGACGAAUAAUUGCCCUGUCUACUGAUUCUACCUCAGGAGCUGUGGAUCACUGCAGCUCCUCCAGAGUUGCCAUGGUCCGCUCUGCUGUUUCUAUGACUAAUUCUCUCUUUGCCUGGUCUGUCAAUUUAAAAUAAGGACCGAGUUUCCGUGGGUUCCCUUUUUUCAGACGAUGGAUUGGACGAAGCUUAAUGUUUUCUAACUUAAAUCUGCUUUAAAUGUCUCCACAGCUUUAUCCCUGAACCGCUCUGUUGAGUUCCUUGAUCUUCAUGAUGCAGCUCUUUCUUCUUCUCUAAGAAACCUGUGAGGCUAAAUUACUCACUGGUGGAGUCUGAUGGCAACUGGUUGCACUGGACUUUAUUUAGGGGUAUCAGAGUAAAUGGAAACAAUGCAUAUCCACGCCACACUUGUCAGGUUUUUUAUUAGUUUUAUUAGUAAAACAUUUUGAAAACCAUGUAUUAUCUUCCUUGCACAAAAAAGCAAUUGUGCACUACGCGAUGUUGGUCUAUCCUAUAAAAUCCAGAAGAAAUACAUUCUAGUUUGUGGAUGGAGUGUGACUAAAUGUCCAGAAGUUGAAGGAGGUAUGAAUAUUUUUGCAAAGCGCUGUAGAUCGGAUUACUUUCGGAUCACGUUUUCUAUCCAGCUUGCGAUUUCAUCCUCAGCAUUAAACCAAUUUUGGAGCAAUUUUUUUUUUUUUUCUGUAGCUUUUUCCCGUCUUUUACACUUCCAGGCAAGGCGAAUGAAAAUGCACUCAAAUCAAACAAUGAGUCCACAUGAAUGUAGCUUUUCACAUCAUCAACACAAUGAAAAUCUUUCAUACGUGUGCGAUUGGAACCCUUACAGGCUGCUCUCCGUUGUUACCAUUUCCUAAAAAAAAA